GCGGGAGGGUGGAGGAAGCAGAGCUCUGAGGGACGGAGGAGAGGAUGGGGGACAGUUAGUAGGACAGGCAUUCCUUGAGCAGCGGGGGAGAGAAAGAGACGGAAAGGAAAGGCAGAAAGAGCUGAACGGGAUUUCAGAAGGCAACCGUAGGUGAGAAGGAACGAAAGGGAAGUAAGAGAGAAACACAAGCGACGAUUGACCCAUCACCAUGACAACAGAAGCGGGCUCUGAGACAGAGGUGAAGGAGAAAGCAGAGGAGUCAGCUGCUCAGCCGGACCAAUCGGAGACGGCCAAGCAAGAGAGCCAGGAAGUAGCAAACGUUGAGGGAGAGGAGAAGGAAAAGGGGAAGGAGAAGGAAAAAGAGGGCAAAGAAGGCAAAGGGAUAACUCGAUACCUGCCAACAUGGUUUAAGAAGCAGAAAUCUCAAAGCCAGACAUCUCCAACAAAGGAGGUCCCAGCAACAGAGGAACCCGUCAGCAAGGGGGUAGAGGGAGAGGAGGAGCCUGCCCCUGAGGUGAACGGCCACGCCGAGGAAGUGGAAGAGAAAGAGGAAGUGAAGUCGGAGGAAGUCAAGGAAGCAACGCAGCCUGAAUCUGACUCCAGCGCCAGUGCCGACACUGAGCCUGCAAAGGAAGAGAAGGUGGAAGACGCCACUGCAAAAAGUCCGGAGAAGACCAAAGAGACUGCAGUCGGAAAAGGAGCAGAGGAGGAGAAGAAGAAGGAGCCAGAAGGACACGUGGAGGCAGAAACAGACGGAGGAGAAAGCCAGACUUCGAUUUUCCAGUCUCCUCUUCGCCUGGUGAGGAAGAAUAAGAUGAAGGUGGUGGUGUGUCACGUCACCCUCCUAGAUGGAACUGACUUCAGCUGUGAGGUGGAG